CUUUAUCAUUCGUUGUGCUUCCAACGGAUUCUGGCAAUUGCAGUCAGCAGAAGUUUAAGGGCAAAUCCAUUCGUUACUUUGUUUAUUAGUCAGGAUGCAGACGUACGCUACCUGUACACCGUAUUUCUUUUCAUUCCAUGGUAUGUUUCGCAACGAUCGGGCGUCGGAUGGGCACCGCAUCUACCGUGUUAGUAGCUUGAAUUGCCUUAUUGGCAAUUUGCAGAAUGCAAUAUGCAAGGUGUCGGAUAACCGAUCCUGAUGGACAAACAAAGGAACCUGCUGAGCCUGGAUCCCUGCAUCAAGGUAGCCAACAACAUGUCAAUCUGUCUAACUUUUACGGCUAGCACCUUUAUAUAUGCCAUACCUUAUGGUAUACAUGAAAACUAUUUCCAAGGUCGUCUUAUUAUACGGCAGAGCAGCAAGCCAAACGUGGAAGAGAUACAUAUACUCUCUGAUUUGACUGUGUAGUCAUAUCUGAGUUAUAUCGAUUUCUUGUUGGCUAUCUGCUUGUUUAACUGGCCUCUGCUUAGUUUCCCUCUGGCGUGGAUUUCUUUGUGCUAUCCUCCUAUUUAUCCCUUUGAUCUUCUACUAUCUUCCUACUCAUCGAACCUCUCAUUAAGGAUGUGAAAUGCUGUCCUGACCACCUCAAUUUGCACAUAACUUUCACGUACCUCUGGUGUGACCCUAAAUCUUCCAACCCAAAUCCCUCAAUCGAAAAUAUAAACACAUCUUGCUUGCAUUACCCUCUCAUCGCACAAUGUCUCCCUCCUCAGCAUCAAGAUCGAAAAAGCUCUCCGGGCUGCUGCUCUUCCUCUUCCAUAUCCUGUUCACAGUCACGCUUGCACUUCCACUCGAAAAUACGAACACUGUCGCUCCAGACCAAAUAAGGAAAAUCGCACCGACCCGGACCCCAUCCCCACCAUCACCAUCACCACAGUAUACUCCGGUAUGCCGAGACCCAGCGGCAGCCGCAACAACUUCAGGCUUGCCCUGCCCAAUUGACACAAACUGCUAUAUUGUAAAUUCGAGUGGGGAGUUGGUGUGCCGUUGAUCGGAUACUAGUCCACACCGUCCUUGAGAGUGGUGCAUACCUACCUACCCGUUAAGCCCAUCAGACGCAGCAGACCCCCACCCAACGAGCAACACACUCUCACUUUUCCAAGGCCUUAAUGCCAUCUUGCCCUCUUGGCUACACCCAGGGGAAGACGGCACUUCUUAGUCAUUUUUAUACCUUAAACCAUAUAUACGGGCGGUGGUGGUGUGAUUGGUGAAGAUGCGGAUUACUAGCAAUCUACUUUUAUUAAAUUAGAAUUUUAUUAUAUGACUUUCCAUGCGGUUAAAAAAAAAAAAAAAAAAAAAAAAAAAAAAAAAAUAUCGCCCCUUAGAUAUCCGCCUCCAUCAUCCUCUUCUUCGGAUUUCGUGGUAACGCAGCCUGCCUCCUCCUCUCCUUCUCCGAAAUAUCAUCGAUAGUAGUCCCCUGUCUCUGCCUGUCAUCUUCCAUCCCCUCCUUCUGACUAUCAGCUGUAUCCCCAUGCCCCGCCUUCGCCACGCUCAAAAUUUCCUCCUCCAUCCCCUCCACAACCUCCCACUCCACCCCGGCCUCAUCCAGCAUCCUACAACCCACCGAACCCCCCACAAAUGUCUCCGGUUCUUUCACGCCAAAGUACACCUUGUCAAUACCGGACUUUCUCCGCGUGGCGUUUGAACCGGGCCCGUUUGAAGCAUCGAGACCAUGUGACGUUUUAUUUUCUAUUUCCGACGAGGACGACGAGCGGCUCGUUUGAAUAAUCCGCGCCGCACACGGCGUGUUACCCGAUAACCGCUUCCCGCAUGGUUCCAUAGUGACGUAGAGGACUAUCUUCUGUUCAUGAUUACGUUCUUGGUCUUUGUCUGUCCCCGUCCCUGUUCCCGUACCUGCGCUUCGCGCGUCGGGAGAAAGAGGCGGUGGUAAAAUGUCCCCUAUCCGCUCAUCAGUCACGCCAUGGCUCGCUGCAUAUUUUUCCAGGGCGCAUUGUUCGGCGUGCGUGUUUCCCGGUAGCUCGAGGGUGUAGCCGGUGGAAAGGAUUGUGUCGGCGUAUGUUUGUGUUGUUGUUUCUGUUGUUGCUGAGGCGUGGAGGGUUCGCGAGAGGAGAAUAGCGCCUACGCGGAAAUUUGUAGGUUUUGGCGGGGAUUUUUGGGCUAGGGAGAGACAGGCGCGGAGGUAGUGGAGAUGGGUUUGGAGGUUGUUUUCGUGGGAGGUGAGGGCGGUGAUGGUGGGGGAGGGGGUGGUCGGGGGGGUCAUUGUUGGAGGUGAAGGAUUUGACAGGUAGCGGAUGGGUUGUGGUUAGUUGCACAUGGGUAUUUUGGUGUGGAUUUUGUUGUUUUUAAUAUGUAGUUUUCUAUAUUUAUUCUCGUGGAAACGUUAUUGGAAUAUCCUACUUAGAUUGCGGGCGACGACGUCAUUGGCACGGAAAUUUUUGCGGAUGAACUAAUUUUCCGCGUUCUGAGGCGCGCGUGUCGCGUUAAAUUGAUUUUACACUGAUAGACCAGGGAACAACAACACUUGAAAUGAAAGGAACGAAGCUACUUUGAUCUGACCUGCUACACUUGAUAUAUAUCCAAUCUCCGAAGCCCACACUCAAAAAAAACCUUUCCAUUUGGGGAAAUAAAUAUCUCAAUUACCUCCAACCACCAUCUAAAAACCAGAAAACAGUUGCUCGCGAUGCCGUCGCAAGCUGACGAACCCGUGCCUGACGAGCCACCAUCCUUAGUCAACCCAUAUGAGGUGCUGGGCGUAGAGGAGAAGGCGACGGCAGAUCAAAUAAAAUCUGCUUACAGGAAGCAAGCUUUAAAACACCAUCCAGACAAAGCAACCCCAGACUCCAAAGAAAACGCCCAUAAAAAAUUCCAAGAAAUUGCCUUCGCCUACGCCAUCCUCUCCGACCCACGCCGCAGACACCGCUACGACACAACAGGAAACACAGCCGAAUCCCUCGACCUCGGAGACGACGACUUCAACUGGGUUGAUUUCUUCCGCGAGCAAUUCUCCGCCGUCAUCUCUGGCGAAGCUAUCGAUAAAAUCAAGCGCGAGUAUCAGGGCUCCGAGGGGGAACGGACGGAUCUGUUAGCCGCCUAUGAGCGGUUCAAGGGCGAUCUGGACAGGGUUUAUGAAGAGAUUAUGCUGAGUAAUGUGCUGGAGGAUGAUGGGCGGUUUCGAGAGAUUAUCGAUGCGGCGAUUGCGGCGGGGGAGGUGAAGGAUUGGCCGAAGUAUUCGCGGGAGACGGAGAAGAAGAGGGCGCAGCGGCUUGCGAAGGCGAGGAGGGAGGCGGAGGAGGCGGAGGAGCUCGUGGAGGAGUUGGGGAUUGGUGAUAAACUAAACGGGAAAAAAGGCCAGGCGAAACAGAAAGGGAAGCAGGAUAGCAUGAGCGAUUUGGCUGCGCUGAUCCACCAGAGGCAGAAGAGCCGCGCGGCUGCGUUCCUGGAUGACAUGGAAGCUAAGUAUGCGCCGUCCUCUGGAUCGAAAGCAGCAGCUGGUAAGGGGAACGGGAGAAAACGGAAAGCUGGGGAGAGGAACGGCAAUGAGCCGCCCGAGGAGGCCUUUCUGGCCACUGCAAAGCGCAAGGCAUCGAAUGAUAAGUCCCGGGAUACGGCGACGGCAACGACGGAGACUAAGGGACGGUCCGCUCGGCGGGGAGCCUAGGGUAGGUCAUAGCCUCACAGGGGGUAUCUCAUUGGAGUGGUGGAUUAUGCAUUGUUUCUGGUUGGUUGUGUUCGUGUGUGCUUUCUUACUGUGAUGCACUCUUUACACCGCCAAUUCGGUUUCCUAUUUAAUUUUUUUUUUUCUUUAAUUCUGUGCUCGUUUGAAGGGUCAGAUUACUAGAUGGAUGUGGAAUUUGCGGUUGAUUUGCUGUCUUUUGACCACGUGGGCUUAAAUACGAGAUAUGAUAGGCGCACUGGGCGGUGGUUCUCUACCCUUCUUUUUUUUUUUUUUUUUUUCUCUUAAGAUCUCUGCUGGCUUUGGUUUGUGUACUCUUUGUAUUUUAUUCUUUUUCUUUUUUGUCUUAAACCGUCGGUUUUACACACACUGGGAGCGUUUGACGGCAAGGGAGGACAAGGAUAAGCUAGCUAAACAAGAAUUGAUGUGAUAGGGCGCAAUUGGACAGCUUUUUUCAGCUCUCAGUUUUUCAUCCAUUUGCAUAUUUUCCUUCUCCUUCUCCCUUGCUCAAAAAUAAUAUCGUCUGCACGACGCUCAGAACACAGUCCAAGCUCUAGACACCAGCUGAGAAAGAAAC